UAUAACUCUGGAGGUUCAAAAUAAAGAGUUUUCCUGAGCGCGUAGCAGACUGAGGCUGUUGUCGGUGGUAGACAGAUCUGUUACCUUAACAUUUUCUGUCCCCAGAGGGUUUUUACCCUGUACAUAUUCCCUGUCCCACGAAAACUGGGGCAUUGGUUCGCGAGCUCACAAAACCUGUUGAAGGGUUAGUGUUAUGCAACAUUGUGCGUCUGAGUGUGUUCAGAUACAAAUAGCAAGGUGCAAGUGAAGCGUCGUGUAUCUUCAACAGCCGGCCCGUUCCUGAUUUUUCAUUUCUUCUUCUGCUAAACGAAUUACGAUAUUAGAACCAGAAAAAAAAAAGUCUUCGGAGAAGUUACACCAUGCUUCGCUAUCUGAAAUACCCUCUUCAUUAUCCAAUCACAUUCUACGACUGGAUGAUGUCAAAAAGUGAUCCACGAACUAGCGAAUGGGCACUUUUAGGAUCACCUUUUCCGAUACUCACAAUAAUCGCUUGCUACGUUUACUUCGUGAAAGUGCUUGGUCCUGCGUGGAUGAAGAAUAAGAAACCGUUCCAGAUCGAAAAAAUCAUAAUUUUGUACAAUGUAGCUCAAGUAGUUCUUAGCGCUUUCUUUUUUUUCUACGGCGGCAGUUUGUCUUAUCUAUCUGGGAAGUACAAUUGGGUUUGUGAACCCAUAAGCUACGCAACGGAUCCAGAGACUAUGACGUUAGUAAAACUUGGCUGGUGGUACCUGCUUCUCAAGAUUGCAGAGUUUCUUGACACGAUUUUUUUCGUCUUGAGAAAGAAGUUUACCCACAUUUCAGCACUUCACGUCACUCACCAUUCCCUCAUUGCAUGGGGUGUCUGGAUUGGUAUGAAAUUUGGUGCUGGUGGACAGAACGCCUUUUUUCCUUUCGUCAACUGCUUUGUCCAUAUGAUAAUGUAUGCCUACUACUGCCUGGCCGCACUGGGACCCCACAUGAAGCCGUAUUUAUGGUGGAAGAAGUAUAUCACCAUCAUACAAAUGGUUCAGUUUGUACUCAUUGGACUUCAUGCCGUCGUUCCACUGUUUUCUGGUUGUGACUUUCAUCCCGGAUUUGCCUAUGCCAUCCUUGCUCAUGCCAUCUUCUUCUUAGUGAUGUUUCUCAACUUUUAUAUCCAUGCUUACGUUAAGAGGCAAGAAGAAAAUCGAGAAAUGACGAUGAAAGAAAAAAAAGAUCGAGAGCGAAAAAAUGGAAAUGACCAAAUAAUGAACGGGUCUACAAUUCUCGAAAAUAAUGGACUAAAAAAUGGAACCGUGGUAAAUGGGAAACUUCGAAACGGGUCCAACUAUCACAACGGAAACAUUCACAAUAGAAAAGCACAGAAAAAAGAAUGAGCCCAGAAAAAUCGAAACUCAUUAGAUGAUAAGAGUGACUUUAAAAAUGUCUUUAGUAAUGUCAAACCAUCAAUUAAAAAUAACAUUUUCCAUUUACAGUUGCUUUAUUUCAUUUUUCUUAUCUCUUUAUUAGGAAAUGAGACUGUAGCUGAUUUGUUUAUACUAAAAUAAACUCGAAUUACAUUUGCUCCAAAGAA